GUUUUGGAAACGGAAUGUGGUGAGGCUUUACCAACAACGUUUAGAAUAAAAACGUAUUCAAUUUAGUAACCGUAACUGUGACCGUAUCCCCAGUGCCCCACACCUCUAGAUAGAUAAAGUUGUUUUACCGAUAUUUCUCCGACGGAAACAUUGUUCUUCCUAGCAGGAAAUGACUAAAUGACUUUAUCGCCAUCGACGACGACCACGCACCCGCCCCAUCCCCGCCAAAGAUGGAUCGCACGCGGAAUCCAUCAUUUGACCCAUCGAAGCUCACAAAGUCGACCGCGGCCGACUACUCCUCGUCAGACUCCGACGCCGGCGAGGAUGACGAGUACCUGAUGCCCUCGCGGGGGCCGGGAGGCGACGACGAGUUCGGCGACUUCAACCCCCGGAAGCGCCGCCGCACCGGCCGCGACGCAAAGGAGAGCGCUGCUCUCGGCAUAUUCGGCUCCGAUAGCGAGGACGACGGCCCCGGCAGACGCUGGAAGCGGAAGGCGACGCUACGGAACAAGGGCGUCAGGUUCGUGUCGCAGGGCAAGAAGGCGGCGGAAGAGGAAGAGGACGAAGAUGACGAGGAGGAUGGCGAGGAUGGCGAUAAGAGCAUUAUGGACGCUACAAACACUAUGGAUGCUACGAUGUCUCGUGCGGCAGAUGACGAAGAGGACGACGAAGAGGACGACGAGGAGGAUGAGGCGAUGGGCGGUGUCGGAUUGGGCUUCGGCGGUGCUGCUGCCUCGGCAGCGCAGACCAUGGGAUGGAUGCCCCAAGCGCAACAGCCUGUGACCAGCACAAGCACGACCACCCCCCGCAAGUCGUUCAUGAAGACGACGUUUGACGGCACCACGCCUCUCGGGAAAGGCUUCACGCCCUCGUCUGCGCACGCGCCGGUCCUCAACGUCCAAGAAGACGAGUCACCCGCGCCCCGAGAAUCGCUGCCUAGCGCAUUUUCUACUCCCAGUCGAGGUGGGAAGGCCAAGCUUAAUCCAAAGUCAUUCGGGGCUCGGAUGAUGGCGAAGAUGGGAUACGUGCAAGGCCGGGGUCUCGGCAAGGAAGGCCAGGGCAGAAACGUCAUCAUCGAGGCGAACCUGCGGCCCCAGGGCAUCGGCUUGGGUGCCGUGAGAGAGAAGACCGACCUAGAGAGACAGGAAGAGAAACGCCAAGCUCGCCUGCGCGGAGAAGUUGUUGUGGACUCGGACGAGGAAGAAAAGAAGAAGAAGGCGGCGCGGAAGAAGAGAGUCCUGGCUGGCGGCCUCAGCAGCGGCACUGGCAGCGGUGCUAGCACUCCCAGGCGGCAGAAACCGAAAUAUCUCACUCUGGAUGAGAUCAAGAAGGCGGCACCGGGCCUCAAUAUCCCCGACGCGUUCACGCCGAUCCUCGACUUGACCGGGCCGGGGAAGAAGAUGCUCACCUCCUCUUCCGGCCUGAUGACUCCAACGGAUGGAGCCCCGGCGACAGAAUCCGUCGAGGCCGUGGAGUCCCGCAAGCUUGCUCGGCGGGCGCAAAACGACUUCAUGGCCAUCCUCGAAGAGUGGCGGAGCUUGCAGGAACGUAAAGCUUACCUCGAGCUGCAGUUGCAGCAGGAGGGGCAGGAGCUGGAAGAGUUCGUUGCCGGCCUGGAAGGCAACCAGGCCAUUGCCGCCUCCUGCGAUAAACUGUCCCACCCGGCAGAGAUUGAGGAGGCUGACAGGCAUACGGGCCUGAGCCGGAGGUUGGGUCAGAUCAUUGGGGAGCUGAAAGUGGCGGAUGCUUCUCUCUCGGACGACUUGCUCCCCAAGAUCAAGGACGAGCUGACCGCCGUUGCCGUUGCGGCCAUCCACCCCACUUUCAAGGACUUCCUCGCCACCUGGGAUCCGCUGGAAGAACCCAAGCCCCGCUUCCUGGAUGAUAUGAUCUCGAUCAGCGGCCUGCUCGGCCAUCAACGACCCGGGAAGCCGCAGCGCAAGUCGACAGCCACGCCGUUCGAGGCCAUGAUGUACAAGCUAUGGCUUCCCAGGAUGGCCAGCGCCGUGCGGCAGUGGAACGUGCGGGACUCGGAGCAGCUGCUGGCCGUGUUCGAGGCGUGGGAGAAGCUGAUGCCCCGCUUCGUGCGCGCCCAGCUGCUCGAGCAGGACAUUGUUCGCAAACUGGAGGAGGCCGUCGCGAAGUGGGAGCCCAGGCGGAAGAAGCACCAUUCGCUGCCCCAUGUCUGGAUCUUCCCCUGGCUGCAGUAUCUACCUCCGCACCACCUCGACCCGAAGAGCUCGACCGGCCUCGUGGCGGACGUCAAGAGGAAGUUCAGGAAGCUCGUCGAGGUCUGGGAGUUCAACCGCGGCGUCAUCCCGGGCCUGAAGCAGUGGAAGGAGGUGCUGCGGCCGAGCAAGAGCCAGGAUCAAUGGAAACCCCUGGUCAUGAACCACCUUGUUGCGAGCAUGGCCCGGCACCUGCGAGCCAACUUCAGAGUCGACCCACAGGACCAGGAACCCUACCUGGAGAACCUGACCGGCGUCUUCGAGUGGGUCAGCGUCAUCUCCGCCGCGAUGAUCGGCGAGGUCAUCGUGACGGAGGUGUUCCCGGCGUGGCACGAGGUCCUCUACCAGUGGCUCAUCACCGAGGAGGCCAACUACGAGGAGAUCGGCCAGUGGUUCAUGUGGUGGAAGGACGAGGUCUUUCCCGAGGAGAUCAGGUCGCUGCCGUCGGUGGCCGCCGAGUUCGCAAAGGGCACCGCCCUCAUCGACCGGGCGCUGGAUCUCGGCGACCGCGCGGCGGCCGAGCUCGAGCCCCCGCAGAAGGGGCCCGCACUGCAAGUGGUCCCGAAGUCGCCGUCGAAAGAGAGGGCCGGGCACGGGCAUGGGCGGCACCACCAUCAUCACCGCCGCCAUGAAACCCGCCCCGCGCCCCCGGCGGUCGAGGAGACACCGCGGGUCGUGUUCAAGAACGCGGUGGAGGACUGGUGCCAGGCAAACGACCUCCAGUUCAUACCGGAGCGCAAGAAGGUCCACGCCGAGGGGCCGCUGUACCGCAUCACGGCUCGUGGCGAUGGCAAGGGCGGCGUCCUGGUGUACUUUAAGGGCGAUAGGCUGUUUGCCGAGACGAGGAAGGACGGGGUGGUGGAGAUCCGCUCGGAUCGCGAGGCGGAUUUGGUUGUGUUGAUGGAGUAUGCUCAGUGAACGGGCAAGUUAAGGAGGUUGCAGAGAGGGAACUUUCGUGGGGGACUAGACUAGGAUGAUACCAAUGCGAUACUCCGUUGUCUUUAACAACUCGAUUUCUUACGCCAACAGGGGGCAGAUACGUGGGGUCGUAAAUAAAUACAGGGUGCUCGAGUUCGCCAAGUCUCACAAGCCUAGG